AUGGCAGUCAAAUCUACUAAGCUCUCUGAUUCAGAAUCCAUUCAGCAUGAGGCAGGUAUUCUCUCUGAUUUUAUAGGUUCCCCUUUUGUGAUUCAGUACUUAGGUGAAGAAAUCACAACCAUUGAUGACACAAGUGAAGAAAUAUUCAACUUGGCUUUGGGAUUUGCUGCUGGAGGGACCCUCGAUGGCCUGAUUCAGAGCUAUAGAGGUCAUGGGCUGCCUGAGUCUGAUGUGAGAAGCUACACCAGGUGCAUACUUGAAGGGCUUUUACAUAUUCACAAUUGUGAUUAUGUUCACUGUGAUUUGAAGCCGGAGAACCUCCUUCUUUUUCCUAGUGAUACUAGCACCAGUGGUAGUUCUAGUUUUGUGGCCAAGAUUGCUGAUUUCGGAUUGACCAGAGCACCAAAGAUGAUAUGGAUGGAUGGAGAGGCACGCCUUGGCAAGCCCCCUUGGGAUGUGGAGCCUAAUUCGACUCUUGAUGAUUUCAUCGACAUGGUUGCUGGGGAAAUAACUCCCAAAAUCCCUACUGAAAUCUCUGGUUUGGCAAGGGAUUUUCUUAUGAAGUGUCUUGCAGUCAACUCAUGGGAAAGGUUUACUACUCAAAAGCUCCUACUUCAUCCAUUUGUACAGGAGCCACAACUAUCUGAACCAGGUCAUGCCAAG